GCUCUUUGCAGGCGAGUGCCACACGUGACUGACUUGAUAGUCGGAACACCUCAGAAUACAGACCAAGGAAAGUGGGAGGACUGCGAGGACGACCUCCUGGAGCACAGCAUCAGCACCCGGAGGAAAGCAUCAUUUCUGGGAUUGCUUCUUUCCUGCAAUCCAGCUGAGAUCCAUUGCCCCCUCCAGCGGUUUUGUGUUAGGAAUUGUGCGCGGUGUUUUGAAUGCCUCGAACAGCUGCAGCAGUGUUCGCGGUGCUGAUCGCCUGCCUCUGGUGCUCACCCGCUCUGUGUGCUGUAGGAAGAACCCGCCAGCAGCUCAAUUACCGACCAAUUAUCGGUGUGUUGGCACAGGAAAACCUUCCAUGGGACCAGUUUGCUCGUGGAUCUUCUUACAUAGCUGCCUCCUAUGUCAAAUACCUAGAGGCUGCUGGGGCCAGGGUUGUACCUAUUCGAAUCAAUCGCACAGAAGAAGAGUACGCCAAGAUAUUUAACUCAAUAAAUGGGUUGUUGUUGCCAGGUGGAGAUGUAGAUCUUCAGACGUCACAGUUCAGUCGAGCUGCCAAGAUCUUUUACAACUUGGCUCUGAAGGCCAAUGAUGCUGGAGACUACUUUCCUAUUUGGGGAACCUGCCAGGGCUUCCAGCAGCUCACUGUCCUGACUGCCAACAAAAACCUCCUCACGCUUACUGAUACCAAGGCUGUGGCUCUACCUCUGACACUCACAUCAGUGGCCCCAUCUAGCCGAUUAUUCCGGAAUUUUCCCAAAGAUUUGCUGCGGUCUUUGGCUAAUGAAAACAUCACUGCAAACUUCCACAGUUGGAGUCUCUCCAUGCAGAAUUACAGUCGAAAUGCCAAACUCAGGAGGUUUUACAAGAUCCUGUCCACUAACAGUGAUGGAAAGAAAGAAUUCAUCUCUACCAUGGAAGCCAACCAUUACCCAUUUUAUGCUGUGCAAUGGCAUCCAGAGAAAAGUCCUUUUGAGUGGGUCGAUAAGCCAGGAAUGGUUCAUUCUGUCUCUGCUGUAAGGGCCAGCUUCUACACUGCCAGCUUCUUUGUUUCUGAAGCUAUGAAAAACUACCAUCAUUACCCCAGUCCUGAUGAGGAGGACAAAGCUCUCAUUUACAACUUUUCUCCCGUUUACAGAGGCUUUGAUGCUGUCUUUGUGCAGAAUUAUUACUUUGAUUGAUGACCAGUGCUGAAGAUGACCCAUACCUGGUCACAGCCUAGUCCAAGUUUGUCAAAUCUUGGUUCAUUUUCUGGUUUAAACUUGAUAGAGUUUCAACGUACAGUGGCCUAAGAAAUCAAGUCCCAGAUAAAACGCAGAUUAAAAUGUAGUGAUAAAUGUUAGCAGAAAAUAUGUCAGAAUGCAAAUAAAGUCCCAAAUAAUUAAUUUAAUAUGGAAAAUUGCUAAGAGAAAACAGAAAAACAGAAAAAUAAAAAGGAAAGGCUCAAUAAGUGUAUUUUUUUUUUUCUUCUCCUGCAGUAUUUUCAAGACAUGUUGUUAGCACUGGUUUUAAUCCAAAUAAACCUUGCAGUUUUUUGGCGGAGGGAUGAGUUACUAGUCGGAUCAUUUUUACUCCAGAAUGUGUUUAAACCACCCAUAGGAUCCUUAACGUAUACCGUUAACCUUUUUUUUUUGUUUGAUUUUCAUUUAUUUACUACUUUUACCUUAUUUUUUGACAGCAUUGCUUGGGGGUUAGGGUAUAUUAAAAUUACUUCUGCAGUUUAAGAGACCAUUUUUGGUAUAUAGGUAAUUGUCUUAUCUGAAUCAUUUGCAUAAACCAAGUCUGGGACCAUAAAUUCCUAACGUCCAAUGUAUUUUUCUUUCUUUCCAAUGUAUUUCUUUGAGCUUAAAGCACUUAAAAACGAGUAGAUACCUUAACAGAGCAAGUGAUGCAAAUUUCUUUACUCAAGAGAUUUUGGACCAACUUUAAGUAUAUAUUUUAUAACCAAAGACUAAAGAGAUGAAAUGGGCAUGAUCAAUAAACACUGACUCACCAAUU